GGGGUUGAGUUACAGGUUUUUUAGGGGAAAAUAAGAGAUAAGGUGAAACCAAUAGAACAAUGCCCAGUAUGAAUACAUUAUAGGUUAAAUCCAAUGGGAAUAGCUUCAGGGGGAUGGGUAAAUACACGUAAAAAUACAGAAUAGAAACUCCAACUUUAGGUUUAGGAAACAGAAAUUCCAAACUCUAAGUUCACAAAGCUUUUUGCUCCGUUUGCGUAGCCAUGCACUACAACACUGAUGCAUCCCACAAGUACAGGGAUAGGACAAUGUAAUAUUGGUGGGGAGGGGGAGUCAGGAAAACCCAGCUUAGAUGCUUGAAUAUAUUUUUUCCUAGUGCUGUUUCCUGGGUCUCUCUUUCCCUGCCUUCUCCUUCUGGCUGGGCUUUUCGCAGCCCCAGCCUGUCAGGCUACUUCGUGCUCAAGACCUUAUUUCAGCUUUUGUCCAUCACACACCUUCCAGCCUUCAGCCUUCAGCUUGAGACCUCUGAGCCCCUCCCUUGAUACAUUGAUUCUCCAAUUGGUGGAAAGCCACCCCAGUGACUGCUGGGCUGGGUUGAAAGCUUAGGUUCCCACAAGUUCUUCCUCCUCCCACAGUCACUGCUGCUGCUUCUGCAGCGUUGCUGCAUGCACCAUGCAGCCCCCUCAUCUCCUCCUCUUCCUCUUUCUCCCGAUCCUGCUCCCUGGGAUGUGGGCAGACUCAGAGGCACAGCCACAGGUUAUCCAGUACCUCCUGACUAGCGUCUUUGCCAACAUCAGCUCUGCUGAGGUGUCAUGUGUGGCACUUGUAGGGGACAUAGCCAUCUUAGCACUGGAUCCGGCCAACUGGAGCAUCCACUUCCACUGGCCCUGGGUCAGCCAGGCUGCAGCUGAAGACAAUGGGGAAAAGAUUAUGUCCCAGUACAAAAUUGCUCUGCGCAAUAUGAUCCGAUUUGUGCAUGACACAGUUCAGCAGACAAAACAGCACUACCCAUUGGUGGUUCAGUUCCGUGCAGGCUGUGUGCUGUACCCCAAUACAACAAGCCAGGGCUUCCUGAAUGUUGGCUGGGACAGCAGAGACCUCAUAGCUUUUCAGGUAGAUAAACAGGGCUGGGAGGCCCGGCAGCCAUCCCAGGUGGCAGAACUGGUCAGCAAGAGCCUCAACAGGCAGAAGUCUCUCAGAAUACUCCUGGGGUACCUUCUCUCUAUCUGGAUAUGCCAGAGCAACUUCCUCACCCUGAAGAGGUAUGGGAAGGAAAUUCUAGAGAGACAAGAGCUGCCUGUGGCCACGAUCUUCGCCCGCACCCCCAGCCUAGACCAGCUGCUGCUUGUUUGCCAUGUCACUGGCUUCUAUCCCCGUCCCAUCAGCGUGGCUUGGCUGCGGGAUGGCCAGGAGGUGCCUCCAGGCCCAGCGCUCAGCACCAGCACCAUCCUGCCCAACGCUGACCUCACCUACCAGCUCCGCAGCGUCCUGGCCGUGGUCCCCCAUGAUGGGCACAGCUAUGUCUGCCGUGUGCGCCACCACAGCCUGGGCACCCGCAGCCUUCUCAUCCCAUGGGAAAACCGCAGCACAGCUCCAACCAUCAGCAUCAUCAUUGCAGUACUGCUUCUUGUGGCCACAGCCUUUGCUGGGGGCUUUUGGUGGAGGAAGUGCAGACCUAAAGGCAGCUUCAUGUGGGAUGGCAGAGAGAUGGAGGGAAGACAGCAGUUCUGCCAUGGAAGUCUGGGACCAAGGGCUCUUGCCACGGGAGGUGACAGUUUGCCACCUGGAAGUCGGUUUUCAUUUCUCAUGCUGUUGGCAAGAGCAAUCGCUGUCUGUGAAGGGAAGAACAGCAUUUCAACUGGCAGCAAGCAAAAUUGACAGCAG